CGGAAGCCGGUGAGGAUGGAGCGGGAGGUCGACUUCCAGGAAGUUGGUAGUGGAAACCGGAAUAGCGGUGGAAAAGAGGUUCUCUCAGGCCCAAUGGCGACUGUGGUAGCAAGCGGCAGCGAUGGAAAAGAGCAAGGAGUGGAGACUUCCGUCACCUAUUACCGACUGGAGGAGGUGGCGAAGCGCAACUCCCCGGAGGACAUAUGGCUGGUGAUCCACGGGCGAGUCUACGAUGUCAGCCGCUUUCUUAACGAGCAUCCUGGCGGAGAAGAGGUUCUGAUGGAACAAGCUGGAGGAGAUGCAACUGAAAGCUUUGAAGAUGUAGGCCACUCCUCUGACGCCAGAGAAAUGCUCAAGCAGUACUACAUUGGUGAUGUUCACCCGAAUGACCUUAAACCUGGAGGUGGGAGCAAGGAACCUCCGAAAAGCAAUACAUGCAAAAGCUACUGGUCGUAUUGGAUCUUCCCCAUCGUGGGUGCUAUUCUCUUAGGUUUUCUGUAUCGUUACUACAUGGCAGAGAGCAAGUCCUCCUGAGGAGACCUUGUUGAAGUCUGGAGAGCAUUUCCACUUGGGAGCAAGAACUAGAGACUUACUUGGAGCCUGCAGCGGUGCCCUCUUCUUGAGUCCUGCCAUUUGUAUUCUUAGCCCUUGGAACCCAGAUGGUUGGCCAGACAUCCACCUCAGCUCCACGGCUAUGUCCAAGUCAUUCCUCAAGAGCCUUACUCUCAAAGCACCUGCUCAUUUUUCUGUAUCCUUGCCUUUGUUUCCUCUCUUUACUCUUGUUCAUGAGCGCCUUUAUGUUUCAGAACUGUCUUCUUUGAUUACAGUCCACAUGUCAUUGUGGCAUUCCCUUUGGUAAAAUUGCCUGCUUUCCAGUGCUUCGAACGCACGUUAGACAUAUUUAACAGCGUGUCGCAUUCUGGUUUUGAAGCAUUUCUUUUUCCCUUUUUCUUUUAAGUAAAUGUUCCUAUUUUUUAAAUUAUGACUUAAUUUUAUUAUUUAUCAUAAGAGGUUUUAAUUCAUGGCAUCAGGUUGCACAUCUGUGACUUAAAACACAACUGCAGAAUUACCCUUUUCCUUGUUUGUAAUUGUUAAAACUGACCAAGUGUAGCAAGGAGCCCUUGCCACCCUCUAAGGCAUCAGAUGGUGGUGCAGGGCAGAACUCUGCUUCCCUUUUGUUCAUUGGGAGUGGAGAGAAACAGGGAGAGGGAGAGAUGAAUUAGGAUGACAGAGUGAAUUCAUAGUAAUCUUUCUUUUGAAAAAUAUUGAAAAACACAACUUUAAGGGCAAGAGUUCAGAAGAACCACUAAAACUUCAUCCUUUUUUUUGAUUUGGCACCAGUUCCUAACCAUCUUUUUUCUUUUAAAGUUACCAUCUUUUAUUGGUAAAAUGCAAGUAAGUAUAUCUUUAGGGCUUUACAGUUUUGUAAAAGAUUUUGCUGUUUUUUUAACCAAUUGGCAAUUUUUUAUUUGCCAUUUUAUAGAAGUGAGAGACUCCAAAUUGAUCAAAGAUACAGUAUUUGAUCUUCUGUUUGCCCCAGUAAAGUAACUCCCAUGGUAAAGCGGCAUUUGGAAGCAGGAGAGCGGGGCAAGAGUGUUUUCCACUUCAUCUUAUUUUACCUCCAUGGCUCCAAUUUGUGGUUUUGUUGUUUUUCCAUUGAGAGGGGGGAAAAAAGUGGUAGUUACUUUUUUUUUCCCUUGGAUAACUGUUUCCAUGAGGAGUAGGUUAUUAUUCAGAAUUAUAUUACUGUUUCUCCUCAGUUCAGGCAUUUCUCUGGUGUAUUUAAGUGCUUUCUUCCUCUCUGUGGAAGCACCUGAGGAGACCGUCCACUGGCAGUUUUCUGCUGACAACUGUGGUGAUUCUUCCUCCGUGUCCUUUGAGGAUGACCAGUCUGCUCUGAGCCAUUGUCACGUACAGCAGGGAACCGCGUGGUUCAGGAAGGACCGUGGUCACUGCUCAGCAUCUCCUCCCCUCUCCUGCUUGCCAGAGACUUGACAGGACAGGAAACUACACAGCAAACCUGGGUCUGCCCAUGCAAACUCCUUAAGAAAAAGUUCAGCCUAGGUCUUGUAUCCUGUGAUUUAGCCGUUGAGCAAAUUCAGAAUUCAUAAAAAUAACAUUAACCUGGUAAUUGUGCACUUGGUUAUGACAUUAUGGAGUAAUUUUAGGGGAUUUCUGGCCAGCUUUUAUAUGUCAGGGAUGUGGGUUAACUUUUAAAUUUUUAUCUUUAGAAAGUAUUUUGUAUGUAUUAUAAGAUGCCACUUUAAGACAAUUUACUGAAAGAAAAAUCUCUGAUGAUUAUGUAACAGAGGUGGUUGUGACUUUUUACUCCUCAAUUUGAAGGUAAAGAAGGGUUGCCUUGAAUAAGAAUUGAUACUUAAUUGCUGUAAUCAUUUAAGUCACCUGAUGAGAUGGGCCCACACUGGGGUAGAAAUGAAGAACAAAGGAGUAUUGAGCUGAAAAAGGAAACAUUCGAGCUAAGACUAAGCCAGAAGAUAACUUGGAUUAAUUAAAAAUGUGUUGGCAGUCCCCCAAAUUGAAUGGAAAACAUCUGGCUUAGAAGAAAUGUUAAAGAACAAUAUUCUUAAGUAAAAUUUGUGUUUUUUGGUAUUUUUUAAGGUAGAGACCACUGCAAAAGGUAUGUUUUUCUGUUUCAUAUUGGUUGUCGUUUCCUGUUUACAUCUGGACUUGUUCUUAUUCAGAGCCAGAGGAAAAGAUUUUCAGACUUUGUCUCAGCCAGCCAUGAAAUCCAUCCAAUACCCAGGGCUCUCUUUUGAUCUGCUAAUGUGAUGUCACUUUGUGUUAUAAAAACCACUUUUGGGUCCACUUCUUAUUAUUCUGCUGCCUACAUAAACAGCCAGGUGAAAGGUAGAGCUUGUGUGAGAGCUUGCAGAGGUUUUUUUUUUAAACAAUAAUGUAAUACAGUAUAUUAGCCAAAUCUAUCAAAAAGGACUUUUGUUUUAAGACAUGGAUGGGAAUUCUGGAAACAGCCUCGACAUUGAUGGGUUGUGAAAAACCCCUCUGCAGAGCCAGUGGAGCCAGUCCCUGUUGUCCGGAGCCUCCUGGGGUGUCUCUGGAGUGUUGGGUUGUUUAUUCCCAAGGAAGACUUAACCACCGGCGCCCACCAUACUGUCAGCAUAAUGGCUGGAGAUCACAGGAGAGGAGAUGAGGGGAAAUUAGUGCCCCCAAAUAAGGAUGUUAGUGCCGGGUCCCAAGAUUUCCUGCCUCUCUCUCUCAGGAGUUGGUUUUGGUUUCCAAAUGACUUACGUUUUGUAAAGACAGGAAAGUAGUGGGGACAGAGUUUAUACUGUGUUUAGUUCUCAUGUGACCACUUAAGCUGCAACAAAAACCCAUUGGAACCUGUAAUUUGACCCUGUAAAGUUCUUUCAGCAGUUGUCGUAGAUGCACAUGUUGUGAAAUAAGAAUAUUAUUGUGUUUACACUCACACAGUUCCCAUGUGGAGCAAUGAAAAACGCUUUUCAGGCUAGAUGUAUCAUUACUUACAGAGUAUCUCAUGUUUAAAAUCUCAAGUGAUACCCAUCUGAUUAAAUUCCAUUUUAGAAACAUAGAACAAUAAUGUUGGUUACUUCCUUCCUUGGGAGAAAUGGAUUCAGAUGUGUCUUGUGUCAACAGAGACUGUUGUUUUUUUUUCUUUCUUUCAACCAUCUUGUUCUUUUGCCAAAUAUCAUGAAAGUAAUGAGGAGUUUAGUCCCAUCUGGCUGUUGUGCUCUGCGAGAGCUGGGUUUGUAAUUUGUUGGGGGUGAUCUCAGAGGGGAGGUUCCAAGAAGCAGAGGUAUUUUUCAGGUUACCUACUCCACACCUAGCUUCUCACUCAUGAACUUGAGGGGCCAAUUUGCACCUGCACCUAUAUUCUCCAUUUGCUGUUUAGACAAAGCAUGGUAAUUUCACUUUCUUUCUUUUGAUUUUACCCUCCACUCUGAGCAAGUGAUAUUAACAUUCCUUUUGUGUAUUCAAUAAAUGGAGUUUGUGUACCUAUUUUAUUUCAGCAUAUUUUGAACAAAGAUCUUUGUCUGCUGGAAUGUGCACACAGUGAAUGUUUGUUUAGAACUACACACAAUAAAGAUACUGUUUUCCUUUU